AUGAGGGUCCACGACGACGAGGAUUCCAAGUACAGCGCGAUGGGGAAGUCAUCCAAGUUGGCUAUGAAGCGACCCAGCAUCGUCACGUUUCACGAAAGUUCCGGCAAAGUGCGGAAGACGAACGAGGAUAACAACGGGGCUGCAAGUGCGACGAAGAGCGGUAACAAGGCGAAUGCUGGUUUAUAUCAGCGGAGAAAAUCGCUGCCCGUCUAUAUGCUUCGUAAACGAUUGUUAGAAGAGAUACGCCGCCACAGUACUCUGAUCAUAAUAGGUGAGACCGGCAGUGGUAAAACCACGCAGAUCCCACAACUGUUGCUCCAUGCCGGAAUCACUGAAUCGUCCGGCUGCAUUGGCAUUACGCAACCACGUAGAAUUGCGGCGGUUAGUAUAGCGCGCCGGGUCGCCCAAGAACAAGGGGUGAAACCGGGAAAAUUAGUGGGCUACUGUGUUCGUUUCGAGGAUUGCACCUCUUCACAGACGAGGAUCAAAUAUUUGACGGACGGCAUGAUGGUGCGAGAGGCGAUGACCGAUGAGAUCCUGUCGGAUUACUCGGUGGUGAUACUCGACGAAGCUCAUGAGCGAUCCGUGCAGACCGACGUUUUGUUUGGUGUGGCGAGACGAGCACAAAAUCUGCGCAAGUUGAAGAAUCUGCCGCCUUUGAAACUUUUAAUUAUGUCAGCCACGAUGGAUCCCACUAAAUUCAGAGAGUAUUUCCAGGCCCCGGCGUUAUAUCUAGAAGGCCGUCAGCAUCCCGUGAGGAUUUUUCACGCGGUCACCUCGCAGCAAGAUUAUGUAUUCGCCGCGCUAGUUACGGCAUUUCAAAUUCACCGUGAGGCACCCGCAAAUGAAGAUAUUCUGAUCUUUUUGACUGGUCAAGAAGAAAUAGAAGCGGCUGCAGUGGCCGCCCGACUAAUAGCUAAACAACUGGAUGGGCAAGAAUAUCCGCCCUUGAAAGUCUUUCCCUUAUACGCGGCAUUGCCCACUCACCAACAGUUAGAAGCUUUCAAACCUUCGGCACCAGGAAUGCGGAAAUUAAUACUAUCGACAAACGUCGCCGAGACAUCCGUCACGAUUGGCGGAAUUCGCCACGUAAUCGAUAGCGGUGUUGUCAAAGUGAGGACACAUCAUCCAACGACAGGUUUGGAUAUAUUGAGGGUUGAGAAAAUCUCACAGGCUCAAGCUUGGCAAAGAGCGGGUAGAGCCGCUCGCGAAGCACCAGGCAGAUGUUAUAGAGCUUACACACAAGAGGAAUUUGAGAAGAUGAAGAACAUGCCGAUACCAGAAAUUCAAAGGUGUUCUCUCGCGGGAGUCGCUUUGCAACUGCUCGCUAUCGGCGUCGACAUUACCACUUUCGAUUUUAUGAAUAAACCGCCCAAAGAGAGUAUAGACGUGGCCGUGAACUGUUUGGAAAAGCUAGGUGCAGUUAAAGGAUCUCCACCGCAGCUGACUACGCUCGGUCGAACGAUGUCACUGUUCCCGUUAGACCCUCGAUUUACCAAAGUGAUCCUCGCAUCGGUGGAACACAGGUGUCUGGAGGAAGCACUGACGGUUAUCGCUUUAUUAUCGGGAGAAUCGAUUUUCAUGGACCCACCCACGAAGAGAGAACAGGCUUACACUGCACGUUCACGAUUUGCUUCGCCUGAGGGGGAUCACGUAACGUUACUGAAUGUGUUCCGAGCAUAUCAAAGCGCUACGCAGAAGAAGGUGUGGUGCCACGAGAACUUUUUGCACCAUCGAAAUCUGGAGUACGGGUCGGAAGUGAGGCAACAGCUUGCAGCGUUAGCGGAACGUGCGAAUUUAGAGAAGGCGAGUUGCGGAACGAAUACGAAGCAACUCAGAAAAGCUUUUCUCGAGGGAUUAUACGAGAAUCUCGCUGAGCUGCAAAGGGAUCAGACGUAUGUCACGGUGUAUUCGAAGCAGCCGGUAACUAUACACCCUUCUUCGACGUUGCAUGGUACGAAGCCGCCGUUGCUGCUGUUCACGGAGGUUGUAGCUACUGGAAGAUGUUACCUUCGUGGUCUAUCUGCAAUCGAUCCGGCGUGGUUGACGCAGAAGAACAUCGGCCCUGGGAAACGCGACUGACGCAAUUUUUUAUCCUACGACGUUAUACUUAUACAGAGCUUAAUUUUGUUGACGUGAGAUAGAACAAUUAAAUCUACUGAAUAAUAGGUAUAAUGCAGUAAUUUUUUAAAAAUUGAUAUACAGUAUACAAAACAGUAUAAUUAUGAGAAGGAUAACUGUAUUGUUCUCCGCGUACAUUUAUUCAGUGGUGUCAAUUACGCCACUAAGCCCUCUCAAGCGGGCGAAAUUUUGUUGUAGAUAUGUGAUUAAGAGGGAAUCAUUUUUUCUACUACUUGUACGCUUUAAGCACUGUUAUUAAAUUUAGUUAACACAAAUUUUAAUCAUUGUAUGUGUACUGUAUCUUGAACCAUGAGACUUUUUGAACUAUCGCCUUUGCGCAUAUUUUUACUUGAAUGUGUUUUACUAACUUUUUCCCACUUUUCCAAUUAAUACAGAACAUUUUGUUAAGCAAUGUCUCUUAGAAUUUACAGAGGCAUUUGAAUGAAAACGUGAUUUCAUCUUAUCCGUGAUUUUAUCUUAUCUUCUUAUUCUUAUUUCUUUAUUUUUCUUUUAUAUUACAUACGCACAUACACUAUAUAUAUAUUUUUUUCUGUCUGUGUGUGUGUGUGUGUGUGUGUGUGUGUGUGUGUGUGUGUGUGUGUGUGUGUGUGUGUGUGUGUGUGUGUGUGUGUGUGUGUGUGUGUGUGUGUGUGUGUGUGUUCAGAGUUGGGAAGUAACGAGUUACUUGUACAGUAACAAAGUUAUAGUUACUUUUUUUGGUAACUAAUAAUUUAACUUUGUUACUUUUUUCCAUUUGUAAUUGUAACUUAACUUAGUUACAUUGUUUUGUAGUUAAUAACUAUUUUGGUAGUUACUUUAAUAGUUUCUUUUAAACAUGCGCUAAAAUUUUUAAUCAACAGCCGGAAAAAGUCGGAUAUACACAAGAGGAAUUGUAUCGAUUUUUAAAAUUGAAUACAAUUGCAGUAUUAAUAUGGUAAAUAAUUACAUUACAAUUAAGGAACUUUUCAUUAUUUUUUAUUUACUAAGCAUAAUAUAAUAUUUAAAGAAAACUUUGUUUUUAAAUAACACAAUCAAUUUAUAUGCACUAAAUUUGUUUCAAAUUAGGUUUAUCUACGCCAAAUUCGAAACAGCUGAGUUUUGACCACAUUCUCAUAUAUGUUAAAUUGUUGUAUCAAGAAUAUUGUAAUAAAUAACAUUUCUUCU